AGAUGCAAUAUGUGAAAACCUAGUUUUCUUGACCAAUCUAUGAAGCUGGAAAAAGUGAAAGGUAUUAGUCAACAAUAACUUCAUUUCAGAAGAGCCAUUAAAGAUAAUAAGCAGAAAAAAAUUCCCAUCUUGACAGAAGAAGAGAAUGAUAAGUUCAUAACUGAAAAAGAAGAACAUUGUGGUUGAAACCAUCAUUCAAACAAACGGAAAAGAAAUAAAGCACUGGUUAAAGAUGAAUUACAGAACACCCACUGUAAGCAAUCUGUACCUCAGUGGCACUACCAGGCCUGAGACAGACCAUGGGACAACUGUUGAUGAGACUGGAUCAGAAACUGUUGCAAUGACACCUGAACCCAGCAGCUUUAUCAGCACCAAAAUUCCAGAUGUGGUCAGCAAUGGCCCAGUCAUGGAGACCAUGCUGUUGUCCUUUGGCAUCAUUACUGUUAUUGGGUUGGCAGUAGCAGUGGUUUUGUAUAUUCGGAAGAGGAAACGACUGGAAAAAUUACGACACCAGCUCAUGCCCAUGUACAAUUUUGAUCCUGCAGAAGAACAAGAUGAGCUAGAGCAAGAACUGCUGGAGCAUGGCAGAGACGCUGCUUCUGUUCAGGCUGCCCAAAGCAAGGCAAAUCAAGGUGUUCUCCAGAGACCCAGUCGUCUUGUGUUCACAGAUGUUGCGAAUGCCAUCAGUGCAUGAAGAAUACAGGAAGAUGACACCAGCCAGUUAGCAAGCUACUGUGGGUAGUGAUUAUCAAUUCUCGUUGGGGGAAAGAGCCCAAGAACCAAGACUGCCAGUGCUCCUUUGCCAAGAAACUGCCCCAUGCUGCAGAGUUUGAUUGGCAAUGUUGCAGGUACCAAGUAAUGUAUGAUAGAAGAUGAGAGGUUAUUUAUAGAUACAAUGAUUGGAACGAAUAUAGUAACAGGCUUUGGAAAUAAUAGCAUCAAUUCCUAAGGCCUUCCUUCCCUGAGAUAUUGACAAAGGUAUCUAGAGUUUGAGACUGCAGAUUCAGCUAGGGCCAUACUAUGCAGUAGACCCAAAAUAUGAUCCUGUUGGUUUAACUCCUAGGAACCUGGAAUGUAUGAAGUUGUCAACAUAUAUUGGUGUCAUCCCAUCUCAUUUUCUCUGGUGCAGUAAAAGCUGCCCUUCAGUAUAAUCAUAAGAGUUAGCUGUUGUCUUUCCAUUAGAUUUCUACAAUGUAAGGUGUUCUACUAGCUGGUUUUUGAGGAGGGAUAACCUGGAAUGAAGGUACUGCUAAUAGUAACCUCUGUGUCUUACAGAGGAGGGAAACCUCACAGGGCAUAAUGAUCACCUCUUCUAACACUAAUUCUUAUUAUAGGGGAAGAAUCUUAGAAAUAAGAACAAUGAAGCUAACUUGUAAAUCUUGAGAUGAUUCACUCCAGUCAGUAUUGGCUGAAAUGAAAUUUAAAAAAAAGAAAGAAAAAUGAAGUUGUAUUUGGAAAAAUAGUGUUAUAUAUAUGCAUGUUCUUGCAUAUAUUAAAUAAUCAGAAAUCCCCACAUCUCCAUAUUGAAUGGGAUAAUAACUCAUUUGAACUCCAUGGGAAAGUCUCAACACUUUUUAACCUUGAAAUAAGAGCAGUUCUAAAUGGAGAUAAUGCACAUUUUACAAUUUAAGGGAAAAAUGCAUCUGCCUACCUAGCUUAUUUGUUUAUUAGAUAAACUGGGAUACCAUCCCUAUGGCUAAGACCAUUUUGCUUAUCCCAUUGGCAGCUGGGUAGAGUGCCGAGUUUCUUAUUUAUUAAGCUAAUUUAUUUUCUUCCAGUCACUAAAAAUGAAUAUUUAUUUAUUUACUUUAUUUAUUUCAGUUCAGUAGCUGCCCAGCUCAACAAGGGACUCUGGGCAGUGUACUAUUUACAAGAGAUUUGGGCACAGAAUUUGGAUUUUGUUUUGUUCCAGUUUGGAAAUGAGAGGCAGGGGGAUUUGGGAAUUCCAGUUGUUCCAGUUUGGAAAUGAGAGGCAGGGGGAUUUGGGAAUUGGGUGCAAGGAAGAAAGGACAGCAAACGAUAAUUGCACAGAUGCCAAGAGGCCUGUGCUAAGCAAAGGCCCUUGUUUAAAAAAAAGCUUUGCAUUUUUAAAAAUGGAUUAGUGAAAACAAUUGGGAACAAGUUUUAUUUACAUUUAUCUAUCCCCCCCGCCCCAUGAUGGCACAGAUCCUCAGGAACCUGCAAGAGCAGCCAGUAUCUGUGUUAUACUUUGUCUUGUGGCAUGGUGGCGACUCUGUCUGUUUCUGGAGCUGCCACUUAUAUUUACGUUUACAUUGGAUUUCUAUCCUGUCUUUCUAUUGCUUUGUCCAGGAAGGCAAACAAAAAAGAGCCAUUACAAUAAAGGGCUAAAACAAAUCAAUAAAAAGAAAGGGAGAAAAAAAAAAUCUGGGACACAAAAGAAAUCACUGUAGAGAAAAUAAUUCCUGAUGAAAAAUUGGAAGGCUGGGUGAACAGUUACAGCCUAAUUAUGUGUUCUGUGUACAAAAAAAAACCCAAACAAAAUUUCAAUUCUAGCAAGUCAACUUCCCCUCCUGUUAACCAUCCCUGCUGUGAAAACUAAUGUUAAAUAUCUAUGCAUGUUUAUCUAUUGUAGUUUCAGUGCAACGGAGAUGGGGGAAGGAGAGCUCAUUCCCCCUCUCCCUCUUGCAAAGAAUCAGAUCACGGAUGCUGCUUCGGAGUGUCUUGUCUUUCAGAGCUCGGGCAGGGGUUAUAUGCAUGACAUAAAUCCAUUUGCUUUGGCAGUCGCUAAAAGAAACCACCUGGUGAAGAAUCAGUAAGGAUAACAGGCCACAAUAAUGCGUUCCAGCUACAAGAGGUAAAUGAGAAACAGUACGAAGGAGAGUGUUUGUGGGCACUCACACCCUUUACAACAGAUUUUGGAACCCAACCACAAGCCCCUGGCAGAAUGCUUACAUUUAUCCGGUGCUAAUCAAGGCAGAAAAAAGUGCAGAUUAAGUACAAAUGAGAUUUCAUGCAGUGAUGCAAUAUGUCUGUGUGUCUCUUGUGUGUUUUGCCGGCAGUUCUUUUUUUGUGUGUGUGUUCUCAAGAUUGUAAAUUAUCUGCCAUCUCUUCUCAAAAGGAACAUUUUAAAAAUGUUUCUCAAUCCAGUUCUUCCUUGAAUUUUGUGGGAAACUGUAAAUCAUACAAGACCAAAUCUGUAUGAUAUAUGCAUAACUUUUGGCUGUCACACCAAUGAGUUAAUGGCAUGAUAUAUGUGGUGCAGGUAUCUCUAUAUAUCAAUGCUAUCGCUGUCCUGUCACCUCAUUUUUUUUCUGUGCAUGCAUUUUGACAGAAGUGAUUUUCUCUUCAACCACAGAGCAAUUCUGUAGAAGUUUAUUAUACCGUACAUCUGUUAAUACAGUGAUUAACUCCAAAAAAUAUACCUCUUAACCAAGUUAGCUCCUUCUCCCCCUCCUCCAGGACUCCACCCCUUGAAAGAUAGGGAUCAUACAUGUAAGAAGGAAGGUGUGAUAAAACCUUCCUUAGUCAAAAUGAAUUCUUUAAGAACAAUUGCACAGAUAUGAGUAACAAUUUCUUCUGUCACAUUCAUUCUUUAAAAAAAAGUUCAAAUGACUCCUAAGGACCCAGAUGGAUCUACGAUCCUCAGUUAACAUGAAUUCAGUUUCCCCAACUCAAAUCAAUAAGCUAGAACCCAGACUUUGUGCAAUUCUGCAGAAAAUGCCUGGAGAAAUUGUGAGCUUCUAGGCAUUGGUGGAUUCCAGUUCCCCUUGUCCCUGGAAAAUGUCUAGGGAGAUUGUGGUUCCUCAACACUGUUAUAGAGAAGCUGCUGGUAAAAAAAAAAGAUAUUAAAGGAGCAAUUCUUAUUUUGGGCAGCCGUAAUUUUGCUUCACUGACCCACCACGCAUACCUGCACUAGAUCCUGCCAUUUUGAGACCUUUUCGUUUGCAUUCCAAUUAGUUGAUUGCUGAUAUUGCACAUGAAACUUUUGGCCAGUUUCUUUACAGGCAAUGGCUAUGCCAAUUCUUUAGCCAUCUCUAAACUAAACUUACAGCUGACAGAUAUGGUGAAAAUACAACUCCUUAGAAAUUGUGGGAGUUUCUGCACCAAAAUAAUUGAUGUGCUCCAGGUUGCCAAAGGCUGCUCUGUGCUUUGCAAUGCUGCCACUGCUAAAUAACAAUCAGGUUUAUUUCCUUCUGGUUUCUGUUUCUCAGUGGCAGGAUUGUCUCUCUCUUUCAAUCACUAUCAUUAGAAAUGCAAAAGAUUCAAAAAACAAAACAAACAAAACUGGAAAAUAUGUUUUUGUAAAUGCAGCAAGAUGUUCAAUGAAGUGCCAUUAAUGGAAAUCCUUCAGUUCUCAGACACUUUAAAUCACGGAGGCUGAAUGAUUAAUUUAGUGAGUAUUUGGUACAACCCUGCACUUUUGGUCCGCGGAUUAUUUCUGUAUGAUUCAGUAAGUCCGUAUGAAUGAAUAUGAGUAGAGAAAGGGCCGUUCCCUUGGCUCAGCAUACUUCAUUCUGUGGUGCAGCCUCUCUGAUUGUAUUGUAUCCCUGAUGACUUAAGAGAGGAAUGCAGAGAUUUUGUCAGGGUUCUUCUACCACAGUAUUCUAAUGCAAUAGCCCUUUCUAACAUGUACUCGGAUAACUAUGACAAUAUGUUCUUGUAUUUGAGAUGUUAUUAAAAUAUUUAUGUGAAAUCAAGAAUUUUAUUGGGGAACCCCCAAUCCCCUUCAUUUUGCUUGAUCCUACAAAUCCUACUUGAUCCUUCACUCCGUAAGAGGGCACAAUUGUCUUGUCUGGGGCACAAUUGACUUUUCAUAACAUUGAAAACCAUAACAUGCAGCAGAAUGUCACAAGCUAAGCAGAAAGGCACUUCCUUCCUUUUCUCCAUGCCAGGGGUAUCAAACUCCCAUAGUCACAUUGUCGUCAUGUGACAUAUCAUGAUUCUCCCCCCUCUUCCUUAAACUGGGGUUGGCAUGGCCAGUGCAUGACGGGUUGGCAUGGCCAGUGAAUGAUGGAACUGGGUAUAAUGAAAAGAAGGACUAGGGGAGACAUGAUAGCAGUGUUCCAAUAUCUU